AUGAAUUCUGAAGAAUACACUGAUUGGUAUUCUUUAGAGAAUUUGGAUAGUGGAAGGUUAAAUUUUGAUGAGCUUAGGGAAGAGUCCGGGUGGUAUAAUAUUGAGACAAGCAAACACGAUGAUUUAGAUUUUGCGGAUUUCGGAGCGUCUGAAUCUUUGACUUGGAGCCUUUCAAUUCACUUUAGAUCAAUUACGUUGCAGGAUCCUGCUAAUGUAAUUUUUAAAGCACCAAAUUGGUAUAAAAUAAUUAAAGGAACAAAUGAGAUAUCUCCAUCAAAAUGCCCUAAGACUAGCCCCGCAUACCCUUGCAGAAGAUCUACAACUAUUUUUUCUGAUCAUGAAAUUGAAAUUUCUUCCAAAGUGGUGUGCUCUUGGAAGGAUAUAUUUGAAAGAUUAAGCUGCGAGCCUCUACAAAUUGAGACUUAUAAAGUCAGUACUUUUGGAGACCAGGAACUUCAUUCCAAAGGUUAUGUUAACCUGAAGCAUAUAAUUAUUCAAACAGAAAAAACCAAUUCAAAAAUUUCAGGUAAUUAUAUUUUUGGUUCAAAUACAUAUAGAAUUUGGCCAACACGCAUACUAUUAUAUCCAGUAUCAAAACCAGAAGUAUCUAGUGACCACAAGAACACCAAAAAUGAGCUAGAUCCGUCUUCUGAACCUGAGUUAGAAUCGGAUUCAGGCCCAUUAAAGGAUAAUAAUAAAAAAAAUUCAUUAACAGAUGAUGAAAAGAGUGCACCUAUAGGUCUCGUUGAGGUUGACAUUGUACUUCAGGAUUGUAAGAAGCAGACAAUUUCAGAUGGUUCACCUGGAGUUAGGCAGAAAUCAUUAAAUACAAAAACUGAAAAAGGCUCGCAUUCAGGCUCUAGACCUAAAUCUGCAUCUAGAUCUAGAUCUAGGUCCAGACCAAGAUCUGGAAAUACUCUCAGUGAUUCUCCAAGAAAUGAAAGGGCUAACAACUAUUUGAGUAGUAGGUCUAAGACCCCUCCUUCUGAGAGAAGGGUGAGUUUUUUGCCAGAAAAGCCGGUAAGAAACUCAAGAAAGCACGAAAUGAGUAUAAAUGACGAGUUUAUUUCCCCUGAAGAGUUAGAAUUUUUAAAAAUUGGAAAUGUGUAUAAUGACUUUGACUCAGAUAUUAGGAGCCCAGGUACAAUUUCUGAUUUAAACUCAAAAAUUGGAUAUUUCACUGUUGGUGAUAUUGACUUUUCAGAAAAACUUAUUGAAACCAUUAUUAAGGAAAUUGACAAUAGUGUAUUGCAUGAAACAGGAAUUGAAAAUGAAAAUGAUUACGCUUCAAAUAUGAAUUUUGAACUUUGGAAGAAGUCAGAGAAGGAGAGAUUUGUACAACAUCUUCAUAAUUUGGAGGAGGAAUUUAGAAAGUUAACUCUAAUUAGACAAGAAACAAUAAUGAAAGACUUCAUUAAAGACAUUAAUAGAAAGAGUAGUAAACUUGGAAGACUUGAGAGUUUAGUUAGUAACAAGAUACUUAAGUUGAAGAAUAAAGAAAACUCAAUAGAUAAUGUUAAUGAUGAAAACAACAGAAGGAUGAAACUAUUUCAGUUUGAACAAAAAAAGCUUUUCGAAUCCCAAAAGAAUGAGUUUCAGAUGAAGCUUGAAUUUGAAAAGAAGAAGACUCAAAUUGCGGAGUUUGAAAAAAAUAAGUGGUUCAAGAAGUACAACGAGGAAGAGGAGACCAAUGCUAGGCUUCACAAGGAGAUUCAGAGUUUAAAGACUGGCCGAAAAUCCGAUCUGUACUUUAAAAAUGAACUACUUAGGAAAGAUGAGUUAAUCCAGUCAUAUGAAGACCAAAUCUCACAGCUUAGAGAAAGCGUUCAAUUAUUGAGAGCUUCCAGGGAUCAUUAUAAAGCUCAGUUUGAGCAUUUGACAACUUUAGUACAUUUAUCCCCCGAAAAAGAAACAAAACCUAUUUCUACCCAAAUUAAUAAUAACAUUUAUAGCCAUAACAUUGAUUCUUUAGUCCAGUCAGGACUAUACAGCGAAGAUGACCAGUUUAUUCAACUUUUGAAGUCGAACAAUAAUAUUAAUGGCACUAUUAGUAAUGAACAUGUAAACAGUGUUAUUCCCGAAUAG